AUGGCAACUGGCAAUGGCAACUGGAUAAAAUAUGAUAUGAUAUGCGUGGAGAGAAGGGGCAAGGUGCGUUUUCUGUGUGCUGUUGCUAUCAGAAAACGUUGGGGAGGGUGCAGUGUGUGUGUUCGUGUGUGCUACACAGUUCAGAAAUCCUCACGUGGCAUAUUCUACUAGUGAAAACUUGUCAUUAUCAAAUGUAUAGCAUAGUUAAAGGGCCUACAUGCAAUAAUUGAAUGGAAUAUAAAUAUUAUAAUAAUUUGUCAGAGCUCACACCACCCACAUCUCAGUGCUUUAGAUCAGGGUUUCCCAAACUCUGUCCUGGGCCCCCCCUGUGUGCACAUUUAGUUUUUUGCCCUAGCACUACACAGCUGAUUCAAAUAACCAACUCAUCAUCAAGCUUUGAUCAUUUGAAUCCGCUGUUUAGUGCUAGAGCAAAAAAACUAAACGUGCACCCGGGGGGCUACCCAGACGUCCCAAGACUUGCAUCCAACAGGAAUAAACUUAGUGUGCCUCUCAGCCUCAGACAAAAGACUCACUUCCGCCCUGGUUUCUGUCCACCUUUCUCAGUGUGCUUUCACAAGAGGUGGCCUGAAGUGUGUUGAGAAAGGUUUAGAGAGUGUGGUGACUCAAGUCUACACAUUGUAUCUGUGUGUGUCAUAACCAACUCCUUCCCUUGUCCUUCCCCCAGAGUGGUGGUCUUGGUCCAGCUGUGGCGGUAGUCAUGGCGACCCCAGGCUACACAGAAGAGCUCCAGCCGGCCCCCCAGCGCAACGCUGUCACCAUAGCAACACAAUCAGCCACGCCCUCCCGCUCCACGCCAACCCAGUUCAACCAGUCAGUGUCCAUCGUCUCCACAACCGGACAGGACAAACCUCCUGCUCAAACCACGCCCACCAAGGCCCAGAACCAGAAGACAGUGGUUCUGGCCACGCCUUCUCAGACUCAGUUUGUUACCACGGAGAUCCAGAGUUCUGCCACUCAGCAUAGUAACGGACAGAGUUCCACACCACAGUACAUCGUAGUAACCGUUACAGGUGAGGCGUAAACACGCUCUCUCUCUCUCUCUCUCUCUCUCUCUCCUCUCUCUCUCUCUCUCUUUCAGAUGUGUGUAGUUGACAUGAUGAAACAUGUCUAUUCUACCAUAGCCACACCUUCCUCUCCUGACAACUGUUACCAUGGUUAUCUACCAGACCUGUAGGACAGGCUCUCUGAGGUCCGGGUUGGCCUGUUUUACUAACCCAAUGGAAACCUAAAAACACCAUUGUAAUUGAACCUGUAUUAGGCCAUUUAGCAGACACUUUAAUUAAAAGCAACAGAGACAUUUUAGUGGCCCCAGCGGGCUUUGAACCCACAACCCUUGGGCCACAGUGUCAUGCCAACUGGUCCACCUUUAAGGAAAGGGGAAUACCAAGUCAGUUGUACUGAAUGCAUUCAACUGAAAUGUGUCUUCCGCAUUUAACCCAACCCCUCUGAAUCAGAGAGGUGCAGGGGGCUUCCUUAAUCGACAUCCACGUCAUCGGCGCCCGGGGAACAGUGGGUUUUUACCUUGUCAGCUCGGGGAUUCGAUCCAGCAACCUUUCGGUUACUGGCCCAACGCUCCUACCCGCCAGGCUAACUGUGCUGUAGGAGUGAAAUACUGGCAUAUGGCAAACCUUUCUACUACUAAUCUCGGAAACUCAGAACAAAAAUCUUGUUUACGUCAGAUGCUCGAUUAAAGUUCUGUCCACUAGAGAUUAUUCUACUACCUACCAUCAGUAGGCCUGUACGCUACCUAACAGUCUUUGGGACAGGACGUUUGUGUACGAUUUUAUUUAUUUAUUUAAAAACACAAUUCCACCACACACAUGGAUGUGCAUUUAAAAUCAUCGAGGACAACACAAUAACGUUUUAACAACGUAUUUCCAUUGUAGUCCCACAGUGUACUGUAAAGUUGACAGAGUAGUUAACAGACAUACUGUGUGGGGUUUAUUUGCAGGGUGUCUAUUAGUAGAGCAGCAGCUAGCCUGUCAGCCUGCCAGGGUGUUAGUAUCAGGUAACACUGGUGUCCCCUGGCCUGGCCUGGUCCACUCACACCACAGAGACAGACACACACUGGUGUCCCCUGGCCUGGCCUGCUGCACUCACACCACAGAGACAGACACACACUGGUGUCACCUGGCCUGGCCUGCCCCACUCACACCACAGAGACAGACACACACUGGUGUCACCUGGCCUGGCCUGCUCCACUCACACCACAGAGACAGACACACUGGUGUCACCUGGCCUGGCCUGCCCCACUCACACCACAGAGACAGACACACACUGGUGUCACCUGGCCUGGCCUGCCUCACUCACACCACAGAGACCGACACACACUAGUGUCACCUGGUCUGGCCUGGUCUACUCACACCACAGAGACCGACACACACUAGUGUCACCUGGUCUGGCCUGCUCUACUCACACCACAGAGACAGACACACACUAGUGUCACCUGGUCUGGCCUGGUCCACUCACACCACAGAGACCGACACACACUGGUGUCACCUGGCCUGGUCUGCUGGACUCACACCACAGAGACAGACACACACUGGUGUCCCCUGGCCUGGCCUGGUCCACUCACACCACAGAGACAGACACACACUAGUGUCACCUGGCCUGGCCUGCUCCACUCACACCACAGAGACACACACACUGGUGUCACCUGGCCUGGCCUGGUCCACUCACACCACAGAGACAGACACACACUGGUGUCACCUGGCCUGGCCUGCUGGACUCACACCACAGAGACAGACACACACUGGUGUCGCCUGGCCUGGCCUGCUGCACUCACACCACAGAGACAGACACACACUGGUGUCACCUGGCCUGGCCUGUUCACUCACACCACAGAGACCGACACACACUAGUGUCACCUGGCCUGGCCUGCUUUACUCACACCACAGAGACAGACACACUGGUGUCACCUGGCCUGGCCUGCUUUACUCACACCACAGAGACAGACACACUAGUGUCGCCUGGCCUGGCCUGCUGCACUCACACCACAGAGACAGACACACUGGUGUCACCUGGCCUGGCCUGCUGCACUCACACCACAGAGACAGACACACUGGUGUCACCUGGCCUGGCCUGGCCUGUUCUACUCACACCACAGAGACAGACACACUGGUGUCAACUGGCCUGGCCUGCUUUACUCACACCACAGAGACAGACACACUAGUGUCGCCUGGCCUGGCCUGCUCCACUCACACCACAGAGACAGACACACUAGUGUCGCCUGGCCUGGCCUGCUGCACUCACACCACAGAGACAGACACACUAGUGUCACCUGGCCUGGCCUGCUCUACUCACACCACAGAGACAGACACACUGGCCUGUUCCACUCACACCACAGAGACAGACACACACUAGUGUCACCAGGCCUGGCCUGCUCCACUCACACCACAGAGAUAGACACACUGGUGUCACCUGGCCAGGCCUGUUCCACUCACACCACAGAGACAGACACACACUAGUGUCACCUGGCCUGGCCUGCUCUACUCACACCACAGAGACAGACAGACACUAGUGUCACCUGGCCUGCUGCACUCACACCACAGAGACAGACACACUGAUGUCCCCUGGCCUGGCCUGCUCCACUCACACCACAGAUACAGACACACACUAGUGUCACCUGGCCUGCUGCACUCACACCACGGAGACAGACACACUGGUGUCACCUGGCCUGGCCUGCUGCACUCACACCACAGAGACAGACACACUGGUGUCGCCUGGCCUGGCCUGUUCCACUCACACCACAGAGACAGACACACUGGUGUCACCUGGCCUGGCCUGCUCCACUCACACCACAGAGACAGACACACUGGUGUCACCUGGCCUGGCCUGCUCCACUCACACCACAGAGACAGACACACUGGUGUCGGCUGGCCUGGCCUGCUCCACUCACACCACAGAGACAGACACACUAGUGUCACCUGGCCUGGCCUGCUCCACUCACACCACAGAGACAGACACACACUAGUGUCACCUGGCCUGGCCUGCUCCACUCACACCACAGAGACCGACACACGCUAGUGUCACCUGGUCUGGCCUGGUCCACUCACACCACAGAGACCGACACACACUAGUGUCACCUGGUCUGGCCUGGUCCACUCACACCACAGAGACCGACACACGCUAGUGUCACCUGGUCUGGCCUGGUCCACUACUCAACACCACAGAGACAGACACACACUAUAGUGUCCACCUGGUCUGGCCUGGUCCACCUCCAGCAACACAGAGACAGACCACACUGGGACCAGAGAUACAACUCUCUCUCUCUCUCUCAGUAUUCAUCACGCACUAGUAACAUGUAGAUAGAGAUGGGGAAAAGACAGUGACAGGAAGAGUAGAGUGGAGGGAUCACCAAAUAUAUGAACAGUAAUAAAUCACAAAAGUCAACAUUUUGCUCUGUCCACCCUCCCUCUCUUCCAUCCCUCCCACUAUCUCCUCACCUGAUACCUGUGUUUAUAUGAUGGGGGGAUUGUUCCCUCCAUCUAGGGAGAUUAACUGUCCAAGGCCUCCCCCUGCCUGCAUCAUAUAAGGAUGGAGGGGAGAGAUGGCCAGCCCUCUGUCCUCUCUUCAUCUUUCCAUCUCUCUCUCCGUCUGUCCUAAGAGCUAUGUUCUACAGUAACUGCUGUUUAUUAGUUUGGAGAACAGAGUUAUCGGGGGAGGAAGGAAAGAGAUGGGGCAGGGGGGAAGGAGGGGGAGGUUGGGGAGGAGGUAUAGGGGAGGAAGGGUAGCAUAGGAGAGGGGAUAUUGUAGCGAGUGAUAAUGCAAACGCUGACAGAAGGCUAAAAGGGAGAUGAUCUAUACUCUCUAUAGGGUAUCGGUCUAGGGAUAGGGACGAUUCUCUGUAAUUCUCUAUAUAUAUCUCUCUCUCUCUUCUAUCUCUCUCUCUCGUCCCGCAACACAAACUCUUUCUCUCUCUCUAGUAUUUCUUUAUCUCUAUCUAUCUAUCUCAGCUCUCUCUCUCUCUCUCUCUCAUAGCUAUACUCUAUCGAUCUCUUCAACCAACCUAUGUCUCUCUCUAUCUAUCUAUCUAUACUAUACUAUCUCUCUCUCCCCGCCACCUCUUCCUCUACUCUAUCUCUCUCUUCUCUCCAUAGAGGGUUCUCUCCAUUCUAGUGACAGUGUAUCAGAGUCCAGUCCUCCAGUAGCUGUGUUUCAGACAGGGGUCCCCACCCAGGUAGUACAGCAGACCACCCAACAGGUACGCUACAGACACACACACACUCGCUCAUACACACACUGACACACCAACCCACCAACACCACAAACCACACACACACAAGACACAAUCGGACAGACACAUCAAAUAAUGGAGGAGGGAGGGCAGGGGGGGAGGGAGGGAGGGAGGGUGGGAAGGAGGGAGGGUGGGGCGGCUUGGCGGAGGGAGACUCGUUGGGGGAGGAGGAAGGGGUGUUGUGGAGAGUGAUGGGGCGACGUUCGUAAAAGAGAGGAGAUGUGGUUCCUUGUGGUGUGUUCAUUUGAAGUCGCCUGAGCGAAAUGAACCUGAAAGAUGUUACUUCUUUGUCUCUCCCUGGGUGCAGCAGAAGUAAGGGGGAAGAAGGCAGGGCAGGGAUGGGAGGGGGAGAAGAAGAGGAGGACUACCACUCGCCGCGCGACCAGGGGAGGAGGGACGACACAAACACAAACAAACACAAAAAGGACACACCCAGACACACAUCCACAUCACAAACCAACACACACAAACACACACACACACACACAGACACACAAAAAAAUAAACAAACAAAAAAACAAAAAAAAACACACAGACAAAAACAAAUAAAAAAAAAAAAAAACAAAAAGAAAUGACAACAACACAAAACAAAAAACACAACAACCAAACAAGAAACACACAAAACAAAAACAAAAACAAAAAGAAAAAAAAACAAAAAAAACACACACAAACAAACAAACACAACAAACAAACAAACAAAAAAAAAACAACACGGUAAUACCAGGAGAGGGGUAUUUUUGCUCACAGAACGCGAGCACAUUUCACUCCUCACUCUCUCUCGCCAUCCCCCCAGCCACUACGAUACAUCUCGCCCUCUAGCCAGGCUCCGAGAUCCCGCUCGAACGCGAUCCCGCUCGUCACUCUCUCACUAGAGACGCGAGCAUAUAUCCUCCCUGCCCUCGAUGCCCUACGACAGGAGAGACAGCGCGACACCGCAUAUCCAUCGAUCCCGCUUACCCUGCACAAUCCCUCGUCUCCUCCCUGCACACUCUAUCACGCCCUCCUCUCGCAAUUUAGCCAUCCAUGCCCGCUAUCCCUCAUCUCCCUCUUUAUCCAUCUCUCCCUCCUCGCCCACUCUCUCCCUCUCUCCCUCUAUCCCUUAUCCCUCUCUCCCUCUAUCCCUCCCUCCAGUCGUUUGGCAGCUACCCGUAUCUUCCGACUCCCCCCUCUACUCCCAGACCCCUCCCUCUUCCUCCUCUUCCUACUACGAAGCCCGCCCACCUCGGGGGGGUCACAGGUCACUAACUCAGUGACCUCACAAGCAGUCUCCAUAAACCGCGGCACGGAGGAGUAGGGAGGGUUGGAAGUGGUUUACGUCACCCAGGGCGGGUACGUAUUGGGAGGGGGGGGCAGCGAAGGAGGAACAUAUCCAGUCCACAAACACCAGAGCAGCACUGCAAAAGUGAGUAGGGCGGGUGUGUGUCUGGUUCAUAAAAAAGUAAAAACAACACUACUAGGAUGCAUGUGGAGUUGGAAUGAUGCAAUUAGUCUUUCAUAGAUGAGAUAUAGCUCUAAGCGCGAGGAGAUCUAUUCUCGUCGCCUCUAUAGAUCGAUAUCAUAUAUGAGCGGCGAGAGGAGAGAGGGAAAGACCGGAAAGAAAGGAGGAAAGGGAAGAAAAAAAAAACAAAAAAAAAAUCCCCCCCCCCCCCCCCCCCCCCGCCCCACCCCCCCCCCCCCCCCUCCAGGUAAGUGCUGCUAGAUCAACUUAGGGUGCUGAGGGGGUCAGUCUGCCUCGCUGUACCCUCUACUGCCACUACCUCUUACACUGUCAGGAACACAAACUAGAACCUGUCAACGCUGCCUCCUUCGGCAAGCUCAUCAGAUCUGUCUUCAUGGGGCUGAGGACAAGACGCCUGGGCACACGGUAUGUACAGUACAGAUAUAUACACACGUCUAUAUAACACACACAUCUAUAUAACACACACGUCUAUAUAACCACACACGUCUAUAUAACACACACACGUCUAUAUAAACACACACAUCUAUAUAACACACACGUCUAUAUAACACACACGUUAUAUAACACCACAAUCUAUAUAACACACCGUCUAUAUAAACACCAGUCUAUAUAAACACCACACGCUCAGAUAACCCACACGUCUAUAUAAACACACACACGUCUUAUUAAACACACCACAUCUAUAUAAACACCACACAGUCUAUAUAACACACCACAGCUAUAUAACCACAAACAGUCUAUAUAACACACACAUCUAUAUAACACACACGUCUAUAUAUAACAAACACAGUCUAUAUAACACACACAUCUAUAUAACACACACGUCUAUAUAACACACACAUCUAUAUAACACACACAUCUAUAUAACACACACGUCUAUAUAACACACACGUCUAUAUAACACACACGUCUAUAUAACACACACGUCUAUAUAAACACACACACGUAGAUAAAAACACACGUAUUAUAACACCACACGGUCUAAUAACACACACGUCUAUAUAAACACACACGUCGAUAAUACACACACAUAUAUAACCACCAACACGUCUAUAGAACACCACACAUCUAUAAACACAACACGUCUAUAUAAUACACACAACGUCAUAUAUAAACACAGGUUAUAAAUACACACACGCUAUAUAAACACAAACUCUAUAUAACCACACACCAUCAUAUAAACACACCACAAGUCUAUAUUAACACCACCCGUCUAUAUAACACACAGUCUAAUCAACACACAGUAUAUAUAAACAAACACGUCUAUAUAACACACACGUCUAUAUAACACACACGUCUAUAUAACACACACGUCUAUAUACCACAGCAGUCUUAUAUAACACCACACGUCUAUUAACACAAACGUCUAUUAUAACACAACCGUCUAGAUAAAAACACACACCUAUUAACACAACAUCUAUAUAACAAAAACGUCUAUAAACCACCAAGUCGAUAUAAACACACACGUCUAUAUAACACACACGUCUAUAUAACACACACGUCUAUAUAACACACACCUAUAUAACACACACAUCUAUAUAACACACACGUCUAUAUAACACACACACAUCUAUAUAACACACACAUCUAUAUAACACACACGUCUAUAUAACACACACGUCUAUAUAACACACACACAAUCUUAAUAAACAAACACAUCUAUAUAACAACACCACAAUAUAUAUAACACACACAAUCUAUAUAACACACAACAUCUAUAUAACACAAACGUCUUAUAACACACACGUCUAUAUAAAACCCACACACGUAUAUAUAACCACACAACGUCUAUAUAACACACACGUCUAUAUAAAACCACCACGUCUAUAUAACACAACACAGGCUUAUUAACCACACACGUCAUAUAAACAACACAGUCUAUAAACCCCACCACGUAUAUAUAACACACACGUAUAAUAACACACACCCGUCUAUAUAACACACACCAAGUCGAUAUAACACACACGUCUAUAUAAAACACACGUAAUUAACACACACAAUCUAUAUAACACACACCGUCUAAUAUAACACCCCACACGUCUGAUAUAAUCCACAAACUAUAUACACACACGUUCUAUAUAAACACCCACACGUCAUAAAACACACACGUCUAUAUAACACACACAUCUAUAUAACACACACGUCUAUAUAACACACACGUCUAUAUAACACACACGUCUAUAUAACACACACAGUCUAUAUAACACACACACGUCUAUAUAACACACACGUCUAUAUAACACACACGUCUAUAUAACACACACGUCUAUAUAACACACACGUCUAUAUAACACCCAACAGUCUAGAUAACACACACGUCUAUAACACACAGUCUUAUAAAACACACAUAUAUAUAACACACACGUCUAUAACCCAGCACGUCAUUAUAACAACACCUCUAAACACACACACUAUAUAUAACACCCACACGGUCUAAUAACACACACACGUCUAUUUUAACACACAGUCUAUAUAACCACACACGUUCUAUAGAAACAACACACCUAUAUAGAACACACACAUCUAUAAACACCACACAACUAUUAAAACACACACGUAUAUUAUCACAACACCGUCUAUAUAACACAAAACACAUUAUAAACACACAGUCUAUAUAACACCACACACGUCUAUAUAACACACACAGUCUAUAUAACACAAGUUAAUAUAACACCACACGGCUAUAUAACACAACACGUCUAAUAUAACACAACACGUCUAUAUAACACACCAACGUCUAUUAUAAACACAAACGGCUUAUAAACACACCACGUCUAUAAACAACACACACGUCUAUAUAACACCCACGUCUAAAUAACACACACCUAUAUUCAACACACACAUCUAUUAUAAACACACACGUCUAUAUAAACACACACAUCUAUAUAAACACACACAUCUAUAUAACAACACAAGUCUAUUUAUAACCACAGCCCAUCUAUAUAACACACACAUCUAUAUAACACACACACAUCUAUAUAACACACACACAUCUAUAUAACACACACACAUCUAUAUACACACACACAUCUAUAUAACACACACGUCUAUAUAAACACAACGUUAUAUAACAACACACGUCUUCUCUAACACACACGUCUAUAUAACACACAAGUCUAUAUUAACCACAAAAUCUAUAUAAACCACACCACACGGUCUAUAUAACACACACGUCUAUAUAACACCAAGUCUAUAUAACACACACGGUCUCUAUAACACAUCACGUCUAUAUAAAACACACACGUCUAUAUAACACCCACCAACACUUCUAUAGAACACAAACGUCUAUAUACCACACCACAAGUCUAUAGAAACACAAGUCUACUAAACACACACGUCUAUAUAACCCACCACAACUAUAUAACACACACGUCUAAUAUAACACACCACGUCUAUAUAACACACACGUCUAAUAUAACACACACAAUAGAUAACACACACGUCUAUAUAAACACACACGUCUAUAUAACACAACAAGUAUAUUAACACACACGUCUACAUAUAACACCACCACACGUCUCUAUAUAACACACACCGUCUAUAUAACACACACACGUCUAUAUAACAUACACACGUCUAUAUAACACACACGUCUAUAUAACACACACGUCUAUAUAACACACACAUCUAUAUAACACACACGUCUAUAUAACACACACGUCUAUAUAACACAAACUCUAUAACCCACACACGUCUAUAUAACACACACACGUCUAUAUAACACCACAGUCGAUAAACACCAACUCUAUUAACACACACAUCUAAUAACACACACACGUCUAUAUAACCCACAGUCGAAUAAAAACCACACGUCUAUAUAACACACACGUCUAUAUAACAAACACGUCUAUAUUAACAAACACAUUAGAUAACACACACGUCUAUAGACACACACGUCUAGAUAACACACACAUCGAUAAAACACACACAACUAUAUACACAACGUCAUAGAAACAACACACGUCUAUUAACCACACACAUCUAUAACACACACACGUCUAUAUAAACACAACAGUCUAUAUAACACACACAGUCCUAUAACACACAGUCUAAUACACACACGUCUAUAUAACACACCGUCUAUAUAAAAAACACAACACGUCUAUAUAACCACACAAUUCUAUUAACCACACGUCUAUAUAAAACCACACGUCUAUAUAACACACAGUCUAUAUAACACACACGUCCUAUAUAACACACACGUCUAAUAUAACACACACCAUCUAUAUAACCACACGUAUAUGUAACCACACACGUCUAUGUAACAACAAACGUCUUAUAUAACCACACACGUCUAUUAAACACACACUCUAUAUAACACACCGUCUAUAUAAACACCACCAGUCUAUAUAACACCAGUCUAUAUAACACACCAUUCUUAUAUAACACACACGUCUAUGUAACACACACGUCUAUAUAACAACACAUCUAUUAUCACACACACGUCUAUAAACACACACGUCUUAUUCGAACACCCACACAUCUAUAUAACACACACGUCUAUGUAACACACACGUCUAUAUAUAUACCACCACCGUCUUAUAACACACACGUCAUAUAACACACGUCUAGUAUAACACACACGUCUAUAUUAACACAAACAUCUAUAUAACACACAAACAUCUUAUAAACCACACACACAUCUAUAUAACACACACAAGUUAUAUAAACACACACGGUCAUAUAACACCACACGUCUAUAUAACACACACACAGCAUUAACACACACAAUCUAUAUAACACACAGUCAUAAUAAACACACAGUCUAUCUAACCCACACACACAUAAUAUAAAAACACACACCAAAUCAUAUAACACACACGUUAUAUAACACAUACGUCUAUAUAAACACAAGGCUCUAUAACAAACACGUCUAUAUAACCCACAACGUCUAUAUCACACACAACCAUAUAUAAAACACCAAAGUCUAUAUAACACACACGUCUAUAUACACCAAACGUCUAUAUAACACAACCUAUUAUAACACACACGUUAUAUACACCACACGUCUAUAGAACACACACCUAUAUACACACACCUAAUACCACCACACAUCUAAUAAACACACACGUCUAUAUAACACACACACCUAUAUAACACACACAUCUAUAUACAACACACGUCCAAUAACACCACAGUCUAUAUAACACACACAUCUAUAAACACACACCAAAUCUAUAUAACACACACAUCUAUAGAACACACACACGUCUAUAUACACACACGUCUAUAGAAACCACACACAUCUUUUAUAUAAACAAACACACACAUCUAUAUAACACACACUUUAAUAUAACACACACGCUAUAGAACACACACGUCUAAAACACACACAUCUAUAUAAAAACACACAAACUAUUAUAACCACACACGUCUAUUAUAACAAAACACGUCUAUAUAACACACACAUCUUAUAACACACACACGUUAUAGAUAACACCCACACGUCUAUAAAACACACCACACAUCUAUAUAAACACCACGUCUAUAGUAACACACAGUCUAUUAUAAACACACGUCUAUAUAACACACACAUCUACUAUAACACCACACGUCUAUGUAACACACACGUUAUAAACCAAACACAUAGAUAUAACACACACGUUAUAUAACACACCGUCGAUUAUAACACACACAUCUAUAUAACACACACGUCUAUGUAACACACCACGUCUAUAUAAAAACACACGUAUAUAAAACACACGUCUAUAUAAAACACACGUCUACUAUAACACCCACCAAAAUCUAUAUAACACCACAAACAUUCUAUAUAACACACACCCGUCUAUUAUAACACACACACGUCUAUAAACAACAGUCUAGAUAACACACACCAUCUAUAUAACACACACACAUCUAUAUAAACACACACGUCUAUAUAACACACACGUCUAUAUAACACACACAAAGUCUAUGAAACACACAAACAGCUUAUAUAACACCACACGGCUUAGAACACAUAAGUCUAUAUAACAGUUAUAUAACACACACGUCUCAUAACACACACGUCUAUAUAACACAACCUAUAUAACAAAACGUCUAUAUAACACACACGUCUAUAUAACACACACGUCUAUAUAACACACACGUCUAUAUAACACACACACGUCUAUAUAACACACACACGUCUAUAUAACACACACGUCUAUAUAACACACACACAUCUAUAUAAACACACACAUCUAUAUAACACACACGUCUAUAUAACACACACAUCUAUAUAACACACACGUCUAUAUAACACACACAUCUAUAUAACACACACAACUAUAUAAACACCACGCUAUAUAAACACCACGUCUAUAUAACACAAAUCUAUAACACACACACGUAUAUGAACACACACACGUCUAUAUAACACAACACGUCAUUUAAACACACACACACGUCUAUAUAAACACACACGUCUAUAUAACCACACGUCAUAUAACACAGCACGUCUAUAUAACACAACACUCUAUAUAACCACACCGUUUUAUAUAACACACACGUCUAUAUCAACACACACGUCUAUAUAAAAACACACGUCUAUAUAAACACCACACACGUAUUAUAUAACACACACGUCUAAUAACCAACGUCUAUAUAACACCACACGUUAUAUAACACCACACAUCUAUAUAACACACACGGUCUAUAGAACACCACACGUCUAUAUAAACACAAACGUCUAUAUAACACACACAUCUAUAUAACACCACACUCUUAUAACCACACAUCUAUAUAACACACACGUCUAUGUAACACACACGUCUAUGUAACAAAACGUCUAUAUUAACACACACUCUAUAUAACACCCACGUCUAUAUAACACACACGUUCUAUAACACACACGUCUUAGACACACGUAUCUAACACACACAUAUAUAUAACAAACACGUCUAUGUAACACACACGUCUAUAAACACACACAUCGAUAUAAAACACACACGUUCUAAAUAUAACACCACACGUCUAUAUAAACACAAAUCGAUUAAAAAACACACACGUCUAGUAAACAACAAACGUCUAGAUAACCAACACGUCUAUAUAACACAACUGUCUAUAUAAAACACACACGUCUAUAUAACACACACGUAUAUAUACACACACACUCUAUAUAAACCCACACACGUAUAUUAUGAACACACACACGUCUAUAUAACACACACCAUCUAUAUAACCACACACAAUCUAUAUAACACACACGUAUAUAGAACACACACGUCUAUAUAACCAACCACAACAUCUAUAUAACACACACACAUUCUAAUAACACAACCGUCGAUAUAACAUAUAGUCUAUAAAACACACGUCGAUAUAACACACAGUCUAUUAUAACACAAACGUGAUAGAUACACACACCGAUAUAAACACAAAACGUCUAUAAACACACACGUCUAUAGAACACACCACCUAUAUAACACACACGUCUAGAUAACAACACCUCUAGAUAAACACACCUAUUAUAAACACACACAUCGCUAUAACACCACCACAGCGAUAGACACACACGUCUAUAUAACACACAACCUAUUAUAACACACAUUAUAUAACACACACGUUAUAUAACACACACGUCUAUAUAAAACACACAAUCUAUAUAACACACACAAGAUAUUAAACCAAACACCACGGUCUAUAUAACACACAACGUCUUUAUAAACACAAACGUCUAUAUAACACACACACAUUAUAUAACCACACAACUCGAUAUAAACACACCCACGUCUAAUAACACACACGUCUAUAGCACACACACAAAAAACAUCUAUAUAACACAAACACAUCAUAUAAACACAGUCUAUAUAACAACCAUUAAGUCUAUAAUAACAAACGUCUAUAAAACACACAGUCUAUAUAACACACACGUCUAUAUAACACCACGUUCUAUAUUAACACAACGUCUAUAGAAACACACACGUCUAUAUAACACACACCUAUAUAACACACACGUCUAUAUAACACACACGUCUAUAUAACACACACCUAUAUAACACACACCUAUAUAAAACACAAAAAUCAUAUAACCACACACGUUAUAUAACACACCCAUCUAUAUAACACACACGUUAUCCAGAAAGCACACACCCUAUAAACACACACGUCUAUAUAACACACACGUCUUAGAGAAAACACAAAUCUAUAUAAAACACACACCGUCUAUAGAACACAACGUCGAUAGAGACACACAAAUCUCUAGAACCACACACGUCUAUGUAACACACAGUUAAUUACUGCCAGUGGCAACUUCUAUGUAAAUAUACAUUUAUUGAGAAUGUAACACAAUAAAUAUGAAUUGUGAUGUGUUGUGUGUGUCAGAGGGAACUCUAAGUACCACUACUAUGGUCUUCGUAUCAAGGCCAGCUCCUCUCUACUCCGACUGAUAGACGACCAGCAGCACCUAGCCAUAAGACAGCAACCCUUCUCUCAGAAACACAGGUAGGGGGGUGUUUCUUCCAGUUUGGUAUCUAUUGCUCUCCUCUUCUCUCUCUCUCUCUCUAUCUCUAUCUCUAUCUAUAAUUGGCGCUGUAGUGUGACUGACAGCUGUUCUGUCCAAUAGGAUAAAGCCGGUGCAGAAGGUGGAGGGCAUGACCAAUGGGAUGUCUCUGGGGGCGGGGCAGCAGCAGGGGGCAGGGCUCAGUGACAUCUCAGCUCAGGUGCAGCAGUACCAGCAGUUCCUGGGUGAGUGGACAGGGACUAGGUACACCACACACACACACACACACACAAACACCAACACAAGGAGCGGGAAUAGCCAGUCACCCCUCCUGUCAGCCAACGCAAGAGCAGCUCCUAAAAAGCUGCCGUUACUGGAGGUGAAAUGUGCUUUUGUAAAGCCCAGUCAUUGCGCAACAAAUAACAAUUCUAAAUGCAAUCUCGUGUUAAAAACAGUUUUGAUGGCCACGAUUAAAAAUAACGACUUUUUAUUUCUCAAUCUCAAGUCGUAAUUAAAACGCGCCUCCCAUUCGCCAUUCGAGUGCAUAGGCGUUAGUCAACGCUAGGCAGGCUAUCAGCGUCACCCACCACUUGGAUAGUACAACACUAGGCAGGCUAUCAGGGUUCCCACCCACUUGGAGUGAUAGGCGUUAGUCACGUAGCAGGGCUAUCAGAGUCACCCACCACUUGGAUAGUCAAACACUAGGCAGGCUAUCAGCGUCACCCACCACGGGCAGUUUAGAAAUAGAAUUGUUUUGAAACCUGUUUACUUACUUGCUUAAAGUAGCCUGACUAAAUGAAUCCAUAGGAAAACGUUUAUAAAGACUUCCUCAUGCCAUUAACCAGCAUUAUCGCCUGUUCUAUGGGUUCACAUAAACUUUCUUUCGUGCCCCAGAAGUCCAAGGCACCAUCCUAGUCAUAUUAGCAACCCAUCCUAGUUGAUAUUAGAUCUCACCCUAAUUCUAAAUUUUACUGGAUUUAAUCUCUGUCACAAUGAAACUUUCGGGAUCAGGUGCGCUGUUAGAAACGUGCCCCCCUUUCCUAAUCCAGCUCUUCGUCUUCCCUCAAUCUUUUCAUCUCACAAUGCUGCCCCUCCUCAAAACGAUUCUUUAAACCGCGCGUUGGGGGCGCUCUGCUGUCCUUCUUCUGGUGUGAGGCGAUUCCUGCCGUUUACCCCAUCUCCCUAACAUUUGCCUCCUGAGUUGCUAGGAGAUCGCGGGGGCUUCCGUCUCCCCCACUCUAACCUUGCGCUCUCCUCAACCCCCCUGUCUAUCCUUUUCCUCGAUCGCCCCGCUCUAACCAUAUCCCUCCUCCCUUUUCUCCUCACUCCAUGCCUCCUCCCUUUUCUGUUCGAUUGUUGGGCGUUACGACUCUUCUAUUCUUUUCCUGGCUAAGAGCACCCUUUCGUCUCUGAAUGGAUCGGCCGGCGGUUGCCGAUGGCCGGGACCGGUCGGCCCUCACCCCGGGGAGGGGUGUCUGCUCCGCCUCCGGUUGGUGGGUCUAGGGGCGCCUUGUGUCCCUCUCGUGGGUGGCGUGGGGUUGCGGGGCUGCUAGGCCACUUGACGCGACCAUUCUGCUCGUCAUCUAUUUUCAUUCGCCAGGCCGUGGGUGGGGGUGGGGGGGUCGGCAAGGGGGCCGCGGGGGGGACCCCUGGCCCCUGGGGGGGGGUGGGCCGGGGGGCGUGCCCCGGUCUGGGCUCCUCUACCCGUGUGGGGUGUCCGGGGCAUACUCCGGGGGGGGGGGGGCUCGGCCGGGGGGUGGGGGGGGUCGCUUGGCGGGCGGGGGGUGGGGGCACGGGGAGGGGGGCACCCUUUUCAACCUCCUUUUGUUUUCGGGGGGGCGUCGGGCGCGCGUGUUUGGGGUGUUCUUAUUUUUUUUUUUUUUUUUUUUUCCCGCGAAUUGCAUGAGUAAAAGUUGAAAAUGACGUUUUCUUAACUGACUUCGUUACAGGAGUUGCAUGUUCAAUAAUAGGCUCUAGCCUUUUGGACUGUAAAUAUAGGCUUGCUAUGGUUGCGUGUUCCAUUAAUGAAAAAGUCCGUUCCUUGUAUGCAUGCAUAGUCUUUUUCGUUGGUCAUGUCAUUUUACUGUUGGAAAAAUGUUUACCGUUUGUUGACCAGUAAAGAGUUAGUCGGCAGCAAAAUUGACCGAAAGGUGCAUCCAUAGCGCACACACACACACACCCACACACACCGUAGUAGUAACACACGUCUCAGAUGUAAAAUGCGCUUAAACAUAGCCUAGGAAACAUUAUGAACAAGGGGGAAUUUCCAUGCACACAUAUAAACACAUUGUUUUAAAUCAUCAAACAUAUAAUUACACACAUAAUAACACAACAAUGUAAACUGUUGUUGUUGUGUUGGUGUCCAGGACGCGUCACGGGCGGUGCCCGAGUCCCAGAGUUGGAUUCUGCCAGACGGACCUCUUCCAGAGGGAUGGAUCAUUCCAGAACCCCAUCACAGCCCUCCAACAGCUUACAGGGAUGGACCACUGUGAGGUAUACAUUCUCCUACGCACGUGGCUUAUGUCGUACUUAUGUCAGUCUUAUGAAGUGUUGUGUAUAUUAGCAGGGCUAUGUCUGUCUUGAUGAGGCUAAGUUACUGAUGAUGAGUUGAGAAGUUGAAAUCAGGUGUGUUAGUUACAGGAACAGGAUGGGAAACACUGUGUUAUUCUAUGUAGUGUAAUGAAAUGUAGAGGGUUAGUCAGUUCUAAUGUAGUGCUAGGUCAGUCUAAGGAGUGCUAUGUCAGUCUAAUGUAGUGCUGGUCGUCUAUGUAGUGUGAUGUCUGUCUAAUGUACGGCUUUGUCAGUCUAAUGUAGUGUUAGGUCUUGUCUAAUGUAAUGCUAUGUCAGUCUAAUGUAGUUUUAGUCAGUCUAAUGUAGUGUUAUGUCUGUCUAAUGAAGUCUUCUGUUAGUUAAUGUAGGGUUAUGUCUGUCUAAUGUUUCUAGUCUUAUUGUUAGCUAAUGUAGUGCUUUGUCUAAUGUAGGCUAUGUACAGUUGUUAUGUGGUCAAAUGUCAUGUUAUGUUAGGCUAUGUAGUGUAUGACUUUUAUCUUUCAUGUCUGUUAAGUAGUCUAUGUCAGUCUACAGGUUGUGGUAUGUCAGUCUAAUGUCGGUAAUAUCAGAAAUGUAGAGUUUUAUCAUUAUUACGUAGUGCUAGUCGUCUAAGUAGUGCUAUGUCAGUAUCAGUAGUGAUAGGUCAGUCUUCAAGUAGUGCUAUGUCAGGUCUAACGAGUGCUAGGUCAGUCUUAACGUAGUGCUAUGUCAGUCUUUGCAGGCCAUUCUCGAUGUGUGGUGAACCUGCAGUUUCACUCGGGUGGAGACACUGUGGAAAACCUUCUGGAGGGUCAGCGAGAGGCAUCGACGCAGACACACUUCAGCGUGUGAGUGAAACACACACGCGCACACAAAUUCUAGUGUCACACAUUACAUUAAACAUCACGCAAUCUAACAAAUAUUGUGGUGGUCUCCAGUCUAUGGUGAGUCAGAGCGAGCGUUCUACCUAAGUGGUACAUGGUGGUUGCUGGAAGUACCAGCAUGUUAAUUCACUGGACCAGAGACGUGACAACACACGGACCAGGCCCUGUGGAGAUCCCUCAACCUGACUACCGAAACCAUCCCCAGUGAGUUAGAAUUAGGGAUAAUAACAUGAAAUUAGGGCUACAUAAGCAUGACAUUAGAGCUACAUAACCUGACAUUAGAGCUUACAUAACAUGACAUUAGAGCUAUAACACGACAUUAGAGCUGAUAACACGACAUUUAGAGCUACGUAACAAACAUUCGAGUACAUAACAACGACUUAGUCGAGUUCUAUCAAACGAAAUUAGAGCUUACGUAACAUGACAUUAGAGCACAUACAUGGACAUUAGCGCAUACAUAACAUGAAUUAGAGCACAUAACAUGACAGAGAGCUACGUAAAACAUGACCAUAGGGCUACAUAACAUGAAUUAGAGCUACAUAAGUAGGGAAACGAAGUUUGAUCCCUGCUAUUUGUACGUUUGGCGCUGACAUAAAUGAUCAGUCUUAAUUUUAAUGGGAGGUUUUAUUUGAACAGUGAAUGAGAGACAGAAUAACAACAACAAAAAAUCCAGAUAACGCAUGUCAAAAAUUGUAUAAUUGAUUUGCAUUUUAAUGCGGGAAAUAAGUAUUGACCCACUCUCUCAGAAAGAUUGCUGGUCCCAGGUGUCUUUUUACAGGUACCGAGCGAGAUUAGGAGCACACUCUUUAAGGGAGGCUCUAAUCUCAGUUUCGUUACCUGUAUAAAAGACACCUGUCCACUAGAAGAAGGCAAUCAACAAAUCAGAUUUCCAAACUAUCCACCCAUGGCAAGACCAAAAGAGCCUCCAAGGAUGUCAGGGACAAGAUUUAUAGACCUACAAGGAUGGAAUGGGGCUACAAGACCAUCGCCAAGCAGCUUGGUGGAGAAGGUGACAAACAUUGAUGGCCACGAUUAAAAAUAACGACUUUUUAUUUCUCAAUCUCAAGUCGUAAUUAAAACGCGCCUCCCAUUCGCCAAUCGAGUGCAUAGGCGUUAGUCAACGCUAGGCAGGCUAUCAGCGUCACCCACCACUUGGAUAGUCAACACUAGGCAGGCUAUCAGCGUCACCCACCACUUGGAGUGCAUAGGCGUUAGUCAACGUAGGGCGGCAUCAGCUUGAGUGCAUAGGCGUUAGUCAACGCUAGGCAGGCUAUCAGCGUCACCCACCACUUGGCAGUAGAAUUGUUUGAAACCUGUUUUACUUUACUUGCUUCAAAGUAGCCUUGACUAAAUGAAUCGAUAGAAACUGUUAUAAAGACUUCCUCAUGCCAUUAACCAGCAUUUCUCUCCUGUUCUAUUGGUUUUCACAUCAACUUUCUUUCGUUGCCCAGAAGUCCAAGGCACCAUCCUAGUCAUAUUAGCAACCCAUCCUAGUUGCUAUUAGAUUCCCCCUAAUUCUAAAUUUCUAACUGAGAUUUUAAUCUCUGUCACAUAUGGAACUUCUGGGAUCAGGUGCGCUGUUUAGAACUGUGUUUUCCCGCGAUUUGCAUUUUGUAAAAGUUAGAAAAUGACGUUUUAUUAACUGCUUCGUUACAGGAGUUGCAUGUUCAAUAAUAGGCUAUAGCCUUUUGACUGUAAAACUAUAGGCUUGCUAUUGUUGCGUGUUUCCAUUAAUGAAAAAUGUCCGUUCCUUGUAUGCAUGCAUAGUCUUUUCUGUUGGUCAUGUCAUUUUACUGUUUGGAAAAAUGUUUACCGUUUGUUGACCAGUUAAAGAGUUAGUCGGCAGCUAAAUUGACCGAAAUGUGCAUCCCUAGCGCACACACACACACACACACACACACACACCCACCCGUAGUAACACACUGUCUCAGUAUGUAAAUAAUGGCUUAAACAUAGCUAGGAAACAUACUGACCAAUGUGAUGCACACAUAUAAACACAUUGUUAAAUCAUCAACAUAUAAUUCCACACAUAAUAACACAACAAUGUAAACAUGUUGUUGUUGUUGUCCAGACGCGUCACGGGCGCUGCCUGAGUUCCCAGAGUUGGAUCUGCAGGACGGACCUCUUCCAGACGGGAUCAUUCCAGAACACAUCACAGCCUUCCAACAGCUCUACAGGGAACACUGUGAGGUAUACAUUCUACUACGCACUGCUGGCUUAUGUCAGUCUUAUGUCAGUCUUAUGAAGUGUUGUGUAUAUUAUGCAGGGCUAUGUCUGUCUUGAUUGAGCUAAUGUUAAUGAUGAUGAGUUGAGAUGUUGAAUCAGGUGUGUUAGUUCCAGGACCAGGAUUGGGAAACACUGUGUUAGUCUAUUGUAGUGUAAUGAAAAUGUAGUGUUUAUGUCAGUCUAAUGUAGUGCUAUGUCAGUCUAAUGUAGUGCUUUGUCAGUCUAAUGUAGUGUUAUGUCUGUCUAAUGUAGUGCUUUGUCAGUCUAAUGUAGUGUUAUGUCUGUCUAAUGUAGUGUUAUGUCAGUCUAAUGUAGUUUUAUGUCAGUCUAAUGUAGUGUUAUGUCUGUCUAAUGUAGUCUUAUGUUAGUCUAAUGUAGUGUUAUGUCUGUCUAAUGUAGUCUUAUGUUAGUCUAAUGUAGUGCUUUGUCUAAUGUAGGUCUAUGUCCAGUUAUGUGGGUCAAAUGUCAUGUUAUGUUAGUCUAAUGUAGUGUUAUGACUUUCUAUCUUUCAUGUCUGUUAAAGUACUAUGUCAGUCUACAGGUGUGUUAUGUCAGUCUAAUGUAGUGUAAUAUCAGACAAAUGUAGAGUUUUAUCAUUCUUACGUAGUGCUAUGUCAGUCUCACGUAGUGCUAUGUCAGUCUCACGUAGUGCUAUGUCAGUCUCACGUAGUGCUAUGUCAGUCUCACGUAGUGCUAUGUCAGUCUCACGUAGUGCUAUGUCAUGUCUGUGCAGGCCAUUCUCGAUGUGAUGGUGAACCUGCAGUUCACUCUGGUGGAGACACUGUGGAAAACCUUCUGGAGGUUCAGCGAGAGCAUCGACGCAGACACACUCAGCGUGUGAGUGAAACACACACGCGCACACACAUUCUACGUGUCACACAUUACAUUAUAACACACGCAAUCUAACAAAUAUUGUGUGUGUGUCUCCAGUCAUGGUGAGUCAGAGGAGCGUCUACCUAAGUGGUACCUGGUGGUGCUGUGUAAGUACCAGCCUGUUCUUCACUGGACCAGAGACUGUGACAACACACUGUACCAGGCCCUGGUGGAGAUCCUCAUACCUGACGUACUACGACCCAUCCCCAGUGAGUUAUGACAUAGGGCUACAUAACAUGACAUUAGGGCUACAUAACAUGACAUUAGAGCUACAUAACACGAUAUUAGAGCUACAUAACAUGACAUUAGAGCUACAUAACAUGACAUUAGAGCUACAUAACACGACAUUAGAGCUACAUAACACGACAUUAGAGCUACGUAACACAACAUUAGAGCUACAUAACACGACAUUAGAGCUACAUAACACGACAUUAGAGCUACGUAACAUGACAUUAGAGCUACAUAACAUGACAUUAGAGCUACAUAACAUGACAUUAGAGCUACAUAACAUGACAUUAGAGCUACGUAACAUGACAUAGGGCUACAUAACAUGACAUUAGAGCUACAUACAGUGAGGGAAAAAAGUAUUUGAUCCCCUGCUAAUUUUGUACGUUUGCCCACUGACAAAUAAAUGAUCAGUCUAUAAUUUUAAUGGUAGGUUUAUUUGAACAGUGAGAGACAGAAUAACAACAACAAAAAUCCAGAUAAACGCAUGUCAAAAAUUGUAUAAAUUGAUUUGCAUUUUAAUGAGGGAAAUAAGUGUUUCACCCCCUCUCAAUCAGAAAGAUUUCUGGCUCACAGGUGUCUUUUAUACAGGUAACGAGCUGAGAUUAGGAGCACACUCUUAAAGGGAGUGCUCCUAAUCUCAGUUUGUUACCUGUAUAAAAGACACCUGUCCACAGAAGCAAUCAAUCAAUCAGAUUCCAAACUCUCCACCAUGGCCAAGACCAAAGAGCUCUCCAAGGAUGUCAGGGACAAGAUUAUAGACCUACACAAGGCUGGAAUGGGCUACAAGACCAUCGCCAAGCAGCUUGGUGAGAAGGUGACAACAGUUGGUGCGAUUAUUCGCAAAUGGAGCCCCUCGGCCCGGGGCCAUACAAGAUCUCACCUCGUGGAGUUGCAAUGAUCAUGAGAACGGUGAGGAAUCAGCCCAGAACUACACGGGAGGAUCUUGUCAAUGAUCUCAAGGUAGCUGGGACCAUAGUCACCAAGAAAACAAUUGGUAACACACUACGCCGUGAAGGACUGAAAUCCUGCAGCGCCCGCAAGGUCCCUCUGCUCAAGAAAGCACAUAUACAGGGCCGUCUGAAGUUUGCCAAUGAACAUCUGAAUGAUUCAGAGGAGAACUGGGUGAAAGUGUUGUGGUCAGAUGAGACCAAAAUCGAGCUCUUUGGCAUCAACUUAACUCGCCUAGUUUGGAGGAGGAGGAAUGCUGCCUAUGACCCCAAGAACACCAUCCCCACCGUCAAACAUGGAGGUGGAAACAUUAUGCUUUGGGGGUGUUUUUCUGCUAAGGGGACAGGACAACUUCACCGCAUCAAAGGGACGAUGGACGGGGCCAUGUACCGUCAAAUCUUGGGUGAGAACCUCCUUCCCUCAGCCAGGGCAUUGAAAAUGGGUUGUGGAUGUGUAUUCCAGCAUGACAAUGACCCAAAACACACGGCCAAGGCAACAAAGGAGUGGCUCAAGAAGAAGCACAUUAAGGUCCUGGAGUGGCCUAGCCAGUCUCCAGACCUUAAUCCCAUAGAAAAUCUGUGGAGGGAGCUGAAGGUUCGAGUUGCCAAACGUCAGCCUCGAAACCUUAAUGACUUGGAGAAGAUCUGCAAAGAGGAGUGGAACAAAAUCCCUCCUGAGAUGUGUGCAAACCUGGUGGCCAACUACAAGAAACGUCUGACCUCUGUGAUUGCCAACAAGGGUUUUGCCAUCAAGUACUAAGUCAUGUUUUGCAGAGGGGUCAAAUACUUAUUUCCCUCAUUUAAAAUGCAAAUCAAUUUAUAAAAUUUUUGACAUGCGUUUUUCUGGAUUUUUUUGUUGGAUUUUUAAGUCUCUCACUGUUCAAAUAAACCUACCGUUAAAAUUAUAGACUGAUCAUGUCUUUGUCAGUGGGCAAAUGUACAAAAUCAGCAGGGGAUCAAAUACUUUUUUCCCUCACUAUAACAUGACAUAGGGCUACAUAACACAACAUAGGGAUACAUAACACGACAUUAGAGCUACAUAACAUGACAUUAGAGCUACAUAACACGACAUUAGAGCUACGUAACACAACAUUAGAGCUACAUAACAUGACAUUAGAGCUACAUAACACGACAUUAGAGCUACAUAACACGACAUUAGAGCUACAUAACAUGACAUUAGAGCUACAUAACAUGACAUUAGAGCUACAUAACACGACAUUAGAGCUACUUAACACGACAUUAGAGCUACAUAACAUGACAUUAGGGCUACAUAACAUGACAUUAGAGCUACAUAACACGAUAUUAGAGCUACAUAACAUGACAUUAGAGCUACAUAACAUGACAUUAGAGCUACAUAACAUGACAUUAGAGCUACAUACCACGACAUUAGAGCUACAUAACACGACAUUAGAGCUACAUAACACGACAUUAGAGCUACAUAACAUGACAUAGGGCUAUCAUAAGUUGAAUGCACCAAUUUGUAAGUCGCUCUGGAUAAGAGCGUCUGCUAAAUGAUGUAAAUGGACAUAACACAACAUAGGUCUACAUAACAUGACAUUAAAGCUACAUAACAUUUAAUUACAUUUACAUUUUAGUCAUUUAGCAGACGCUCUUAUCCAGAGCGACUUACAGUUAGUGAAUACAUAUAUAUAUAUAUAUAUUUUUUUUUAUACUGGCCCCCCGUGGGAAUCAAACCCACAACGCUGGCGUUGCGAACGCCAUGCUCUAUCAACUGAGCUACAUCCCUGCCUGCCAUUCCCUCCCCUACCCUGGACGACGCUAGGCCAAUUGUGCGCCGCCCAUGAGUCUCCCGGUCGCGGCCGGCUGCGACAGAGCCUGGAUUAAUGACAGUACAUACAGUAACUACACAUGUAAUAUGUCUUUUAAAACAUGACUACCUUAUUUUUCUCUCUCUCUCUGUCAGGUGCCUUAACUCAAGCCAUCCGUAACUUUGCCAAGAGUCUGGAGAGCUGGCUGACCAGCGCCAUGAUGAACAUACCAGAGGAGAUGGUCCGCAUCAAGGUGUGAUCUCGCACACAACACACACACACACACACACACAAUACAAACACUCUUCCACAAAACUACAUUUCCUCUCCCCCCUAACCUCCCCUUUUCUCCCCUCCUCUCCCGUCUCCCCCUCCCCCUCUCCUCUCCUCCAGGUGGUGUGUGCGGGGGCGUUUGCCCAGACGCUGCGGCGCUACACCAGUCUAAACCACCUGACCCAGGCAGCCAGGGCCGUCCUCCAGAACACAGCCCAGGUCAAUCAGAUGCUGAGUGACCUCAACAGGGUUGACUUCACCAACGUACAGGUACGUCUGUCUGGAUACCUAUUGAUCUCUCUGUCUUUUGCUCUGUCUCUCUCUCUCUCUCUGUGACCUCAACAGGGUGGAGUUCACCAAGCUACAGGCCUGUCUAUCUGUUUCAUUCUCUCUUGAUAUAUCUGAAUACCUCUUUCUCUCUUCUCUCACGCUCUCUCUCUCUCUCUCUACCUCCCUCUCUGUCUGCCUCUCUCUCUACCUCUCUGUCUACCUCUCUCUGUCUCCCUCCCUCUCUGUCUACCUCCCUCUCUGUCUACCUCCCUCUCUGUCUACCUCCCUCUCUGUCUACCUCCCUCUCUGUCUCCCUCUCUCUGUCUCCCUCUCUGUCUACAUGUCUGUCAAGGCACAGAUCUGUUCCUCUCUACCUUGCUCUCUCUCUCUCCAACCUAUAAGUCUGAACCCCUCCCUCCCUCCCUCCCUCCCUCCCUCUCUUCCCCCCUCUAGGAGCAGGCGUCGUGGGUGUGUCGUUGUGAGGAUGGUGUGGUCCAGAGGUUGGAGCAGGACUUUAAGCAGACGUUACAACAACAUAACUCUCUGGAGCAGUGGGCUGCCUGGUUGGACGGCGUGGUCUCCCAGGUCCUAAAGCCCUACCAACACAGCCCUGCAGCCUUCCCCAAGGCUGCCAAGCUCUUCCUGCUGCGAUGGAGCUUCUACAGGUGAGAGAGAGAGAGAGAGAGAGAGGGAGGGGAGAGAGGGGAGAGAGGGAGAGAGGUAGGAGAGAGGUAGGGGAGAGAGGUGAGGGAGGGGAGACAGAGGGAGGGGAGAGAGGGGGAAAGGAGAGAGAGAGAGAGAGAGAGGGAGGGAGGGGAGAGGAGAGGGGGAGAGAGGGGGUGGGAGGGAGGGAGGGGGGGGGGAGGGGGGGGGUGGGAGGGAGGGGAGGGAGGGAGGGGGAGGGAGGGGAGGGUUGCAGGAGAGGGGAGAGAGGAGAGGGGGAGAGAGAGGGAGGGAGGGAGGGAGGGGAGGAGGGGAAGAGAGGAGAGGGGGAAUAUAAAAAGGAGAUUUGAAGAAAGAGAAAGUGAAGCAAAAGUUAAGAGUUUAGAAGCUGUCAAUAAAUGAAACCAAAUCUACAUUUGGCUCUUUGAUUAGAAUGUAUAUUUCCCCCCCUCUUCCUCUCCACUCUAUCUCUCUGUCUCGCUCUACCCCCCCCCCCCCCCCCCAGUUCCAUGGUGAUCAGGGACUUGACUCUGCGUAGUGCUGCCAGCUUCGGCUCCUUCCACCUGAUCAGACUGCUUUAUGAUGAGUACAUGUACUACCUGAUAGAACACAGAGUGGCCCAGGCUAAAGGAGAGACACCCAUCGCUGUCAUGGGAGAGGUACACACACACACACACACACACACACACACACACACACACUUGCGAGCAAGCAAGCAUGUACAUGGACUCAAGGGCACAUAAACACACAUACUGACACACAUGAUACAUUGCUUAUUGUCUCUCUCUCUCUCUCUCUCUCUCUCAAUUUCAAUUCAAUUCAAUGUAAGGGCUUUAUUGGCAUGGGAAACGUGUGUUUACAUUGCCAAAGCAAGUGAAGUAGAUAGUAAACAAAAGUGAAAUAAACAAUAAAUAUGAAUAUCUCUCCCUCAGUUUGCCAGUGUGGGCAGGAGUCUGAACUUUCAGGAUCCUGAUAAAGGUAAAUGCUUCAUCUCUAUAUUAUACUUCAACCCUUCCAAUGUUUUAUAUCUGACAUAAUGUGGGCACAAUAAACCUGGACUGAUUUGAAAAGGUUAAUAUACAGUUGAAGUCGGAAGUUUACAUACACUUAGGUUGGAGUUAUUAAAACUCGUUUUUUUCAACCACUCCGCAAAUGUCUUGUUAACAAACUAUAGUUUUGGCAAGUCUGUGGGGUCUCCUGUAGCUCAGUUGGUAGAGCAUGGCGCUUGCAACGCCAGUGUUGUGGGUUUGUUUCCCACGGGGGGCCAGUAUGAAAAAUUUAUGCACUCACUAAAACUGUAAGUCGCUCUGGAUAAGAGCGUCUGCUAAAUGACUAAAAUGUCAAAAUGUAAAAGUCGGUUAGGACUUUGUGCAUGACACAAGUCAUUUUUCCAACAAUUGUUUACAGACAGAUUAUUUCACUUAUAAUUCACUGUAUCACAAUUCCAGUGGGUCAGAGGUUUACAUAUACUAAUUUGACUGUGCCUUUAAACGGCUUGGAAAAUUCCAGAAAAGGAUGUCAUGGCUUUAGAAGCUUCUGAUAGGCUAAUUGACAUCAUUUGAGUCAAUUGGAGGUGUACCUGUGGAUUAUUUCAAGGCCUACCUUCAAGCUCAGUGCCUCUUUGCUUGACAUCAUGGGACAAUCAAAAGAAAUCAGCCAAGACCUCAGCAAAAAAAUGGUAGACCUCCACAAGUCUGGUUCAUCCUUGGGAGCAAUUUCCAAAUGCCUGAAGGUACCACGUUCAUCUGUACAAACAAUAGUACGCAAGUAUAAACACCAUGGGACCACGCAGCCGUCAUACCGCUCAGGAAGGAGACGCGUUCUGUCUCCUAGAGAUGAACGUACUUUGGUGCGAAAAGUGCAAAUCAAUCCCAGAACAACAGCAAAGGACCUUGUGAAGAUGCUGGAGGAAACGGGUACAAAAGUAUCUAUAUCCACAGUAAAACGAGUCCUAUAUCGAGAUAACCUGGAAGGCCGCUCAGCAAGGAAGAAGGAAGCCACUGCUCCAAAACCGCCAUAAAAAAGCCAGACUACAGUUUGCAACUGCACAUGGGGACAAAGAUCUUACUUUUUGGAGAAAUGUCCUCUGGUCUGAUUUAAACUAAAAUACAACUGUUUGGCCAUAAUGACCAUCGUUAUGUUUGGAGGAAAAAGGGGUUCGCUUGCAAGCCGAAGAACACCAUCCCAACCGUGAAGCACGGGGGUGGCAGCAUCAUGCUGUGGGGGUGCUUUGCUGCAGGAGGGACUGGUGCACUUCACAAAAUAGAUGGCAUCAUGAGGAAGGAAAAUGAUGUGGAUAUAUUGAAGCAACAUCUCAAGACAUCAGUCAGGAAGUUAAAGCUUGGUCGCAAAUGGGUCUUCCAAAUGGACAAUGACCCCAAGCAUACUUCCAAAGUUGUGGCAAAAUGGUUUAAGGACAACAAAGUCAAGGUAUUGGAGUGGCCAUCACAAUGCCCUGACCUCAAUCCUAUAGAAAAUGUGUGGGGGAACUAAAAAAGCGUGUGCGAGCAAGGAGGCCGACAAACCUGACUCAGUUACACCAGCUCUGUCAGGAGGAAUGGGCCAAAAUUCACACAACUUAUUGUGGGAAGCUUGUGGAAGGCUACUCGAAACAUUUGACCCAAGUUAAACAAUUUAAAGACGAUGCUACCAAAUACUAAUUGAGUGUAUGUAAACUUCUGACCCACUGGGAAUGUGAUGAAAUAAAUAAAAGCUGAAAUAAAUAAAUCAUUCUCUCUACUAUUAUUCUGACAUUUCACAUUCUUAAAAUAAAGUGGUGAUCCUAACUGACCUAAAACAGGGAAUUUUUACUAGGAUUAAAUGUCAGGAAUUGUGAAAAACUGAGUUUAAAUGUAUUUGGCUUAAAUGUGUGUGUGUGUGUGUGUGUCUGUCUGUGUGUCUCAGAUGAGGAAGAUGAUGAGGAGGAGGAGAGUGAUGAAGAGGGGGUAGAGAUGACCAUGCCGUCUAACUCCGCUGGUCUGGGAGAGGGGGAGUCGUCACUGGAGCCACCCAUCAAGCUAGCCAGGACUGACCCCUGA